CAGCGGCCCAUGCGGGCUUUUUAUUAAGGUGGAUGUAAGAGUUGGUCUUGCUCUCUUCUGGGUGACGCGGAUUGGAAAGGCUUCCUCAUUACUGACACCAAAGUUUUUUUUUGUGCACAUUCUGAAAGUGCCAAUACAUUGAAUCCACCCCAGAGAGGAGCCAUGAAGUGGACCUGGGUGUUUGUGGCAGUUUUGUUGUCCUUUGUGGGGCUCUCACUGGGCAAAGACAGCUUGGAUUUCCCCGAGUAUGACGGCAAGGACAGAGUCCACGACCUCCACCUCAAGAACUAUAAGUCUGUGAUGAAGAAGUAUGAUGUCAUGGUGGUCUACUACCAUGACCAUCCCGGAUCCGGCCGCGUCGCCCAGAAACAGUUUGAGAUUGAGGAGUUGUCCCUUGAGCUUGCAGCCCAGGUCCUCGAGGAGUUUGAUGAUGAGGACAUUGGAGUUGGUCUCAUUGAUGCAAAGAUUGACAAGGCUUUGGCUAAGAAACUGGGCCUGGAAGAGUCGGACAGCAUCUUCAUCUUCACAGACGACGAGGUUAUCGAGUACGAUGGUGAACUGGCGGCAGACACUCUUGUGGAGUUCGUCUUUGAUCUCCUUGAAGAUCCCGUGGAAAUUAUUGACAACAGUAGGGAACUGAAGGGCUUUGAGAACAUCGAAGAGGACAUCAAAUUGGUGGGCUACUUUAAGAGUCACAAAUCAGAACAUUUUGAGGCUUUUGUCGAUGCUGCCGAAGAGUUCCAUCCUCACAUGAAGUUCUACGCAACGUUCAAUGCCAAGAUUGGCAAGGCUUUGGUCCUCAAGCUUAACGAGGUGGACUUUUAUGAGCCUUUUCAUGAUGAUCCCGUCGUGAUCCCAGGAAAACCCUACACCAAGGAAGAGUUAGUGAAAUUCAUCGAAGACAAUGACAGGCCAACUCUAAGGAAGCUGCAGCCCCACAACAUGUAUGAAAUCUGGGAUGACCAUGUUGAUGGCGAACACAUCAUUGCUUUUGCUGAGGAAUCUGAUCCAGAUGGCUUUGAAUUCUUGGAGAUCCUGAAGGAAGUUGCUGAGGACAACACAGAACAUCCUCAUCUCAGUAUUGUCUGGAUUGAUCCCGAUGACUUCCCCUUGCUUGUGCCUCACUGGGAGAAGAUUUUUGGAAUCGACCUGUCCAGCCCACAGAUUGGUGUUGUGGAAGCUGAUGAUGCUGACAGCGUGUGGAUGGAUAUGGACGAUGACGAUGACAUGCCGUCCACCGAUGAACUGGAGGACUGGAUUGAAGAUGUUCUGUCAGGAGAAAUUGAUCCUGAUAAUGAUGAUGACGAUGAUGAUGAUGACGAUGACGAUGAUGAUGAUGACGAUGAUGACGACGACGAUGAUGAUGAUGAUGACGAUGAUGAUGAUGACGAUGAUGAUGAUGAUGACGACGACGAUGAUGAUGAUGAUGACGAUGAUGACGAUGACGACGACGACGAUGAUUAUUAAUCAAUUAGGACAUAAUGUAUCUAAAUCUGACCAAGGCAGUUUAAAGUGCUAAUAUGAACGGCAAGUACAUCUCCUUCAUUUGUUUUCAUCUCAUCUCUUCGUCAUCUCAACCAAAUUCCAUAAUUGUCCCCAAUUUAUUGCCCUGCACAAUUCAUUCAUUCGUGUAACUUUGGUAAAGAAAAAAAAUCAAAUCUAGUACUGCUAGUACUUUUAAUAUGAUUAAGGUUGGUGUUCUACUAAGUACUGGAGGGAUGCAGUAUUGUACUGGAUCAUAUUGAAUAUAUGUUCACUAUUUUUCUUGUUUUCCUCAGUGCAAAAAUGCAAAAAAGUCAAAUCUGAAGGUGCUAGCAGCUUUUUCCACAUAGGUGUUUAUGUGUCAUCAGCAUAUUCUGCCAAAUCAUUGUAACGCUGUACAUCGAUAGAUGUUUUCUAUGACAAUGAAGUAUAACAACCACCAUAUUUUAUUUUUGUAACAAGAGAAAUUACUUACUGUGAAGUCUUAAAUAAAUGACAAGAUUUGGACAGAAACACCAA